AUGAAAUUGUGCACACUAAACAUAGUAGCUGUACUUGUGCAGGCGCUCUUUGUGUUUGCUGCCCAAAGUGCUUCUACUUCGUUUGCUUCUAUAAGAAGUAAAGAAAGCAUCGAUUCUGAUAAAUACACCUCAGCCCUAGACAUUAUAGACUCUGCAAACUCAGAAAAUCCAGUGGUGCUAUUUGAGUUUGAAAACUUGCAAUUGAUCCGUGCGCUAAUUGAAGAUAAAUCGGGAGAAGUAGAAUAUCCAUAUUUGGAAAGGCUUUUCAAAGAUGAGAUAACUAAUGUGUUUGAUGAAACUGAGCUGCCAGUGGAUCAGAACAAUGACGCUAUCAUUAUGUUUACCGUGAGUGAUCUAACUAAGAAGACCUCUAUCCAACUAAUGUACGAUUCGCCUGUGGAGGAGCGUAAUGUGAUAUGGUUCCAGUUUACUGGAAAGGAAUACGACCUGAAUGAGCUGGACUCCUUUAUCGAAUCUGCCGUGAUGUAUCUGGAAGAAUAUCUAGAUAUCAAUAUUGAUAUUAUACUAAAUACGAAGGGUGAAAAUGAUUUGAACAAGCUAUAUGAGAAGUUUGAUAAAGAACCUACAGCUUUUGCGGUCGACCAAAGCCACUCCAACAAACCAUCCUCUUCGAAGUCUGACGACACUGAAAAGGACGAUUCUUUGAGCCGUAUCUGGACAGAAGGGUUGCUGAUGUGUUUGCUCGUUUCCUUUUUAUUGCUCGUUCUAUUAUUCGUAGCUCUGUCUUGGUUAGCAAGCGUCGAGAUCAGUUAUACUGGGUUGGAAAAGCCUGCUAAUCCUUUGAAGAAAAACCAAUGA